AUGACUAUUAAAUCCUCAAUUAGUUGUUCAUCGUUGAAAAGUGAAGAAUACAUUUCAAAAGAACAAGAGUUUGACAUAAAUAAUAUUCAAAAUGCUUUUGUUAUUAAGCCAUUAAAUACAUUUACUUUAACAAUAAAUUCUUCAAAUAAGCGAAAAAUAGAUGAGUUAAUAAAUAAAGAUCAAUGCAAUAAUGGAAAACGUUUCAAAAUUGACGAUAAUAUGGAUCCAAAAUUUAAGGAUUGA